CGUGACACAUGGGAACUCUGCUGUGAGGCGUGAGGAGCAGGUAACAGGGACCCCGAGGGACGGGGUGACAGGAGCCCUGAGAAACGAAGUGCCAUGAACUCUGAGAGACAAGGUUGAUCUGUGAAGAUGGACGUGCUGGAAAUCAUGCUGGAGGAAGUGGCUCUGGAGGGCCUAGAUGGGAUCACAUUAAAUGCUUUCUGGCUUCGGCUGCAGACCCGUGUACCACCCUUCCCUCUUCUUUUGGAUGAUGCUACUAAGGGGUAUCUGUGGCAGACUCUAGCGGGUAACCCAGAGCUUGAGUUCUUCCAGCUCCCUAAAGAGCGGCCUCCCUUAGUUCUGAAUGAUCGAUAUGAAGACAAUGACUGUGAAGCCACAGUGCUGAUAACCAAUGAAGACAGCACUGUAGAUAUAUACCCUGUACACAUUAUAUCCGACAAUAAAGACGGCCUGCAAGGUUCCUGUCAGUAUUUUAAAGAACGCGUUUCUGUUACAGAACAUAUAAGGACUAAAGCCGUCACCUAUGAAGAUGCUGUAAAGAGAUGGAGGGGGAAACUUGUCAUUGUUGCAUCGCAGGGUAUGCGUCUCAGAGCUUUAAUUGGGUGUGAAGGUGACCCCGAAAUAGAGCUGCCAGAUUAUUCCUAUUGUCUUCUCGAGAGGGUAGGACGCUCCCGGGGGCAAGGGGAACUUCAGAAAGAUCUGCAGGGCUCAUUCAAAGUGGAUGCAGGUAAAGUGCAUUAUCUCCGCCGCGCACUGGAUAAGAACGGACUUAUCACAAUGCAGUCGCACAUUAUACGAUUACCUAACGGACUGCAGCAGCAUUCAUUACUUCUGCUCCUGAAACGUUAUCACACUGACAGGAGAAGUAAAUAUGACUUGCUGUCUGAGAAGCUGUGCGGCAUACUGAGUGCCAGCGUAAACCAGACGGAGACCUUACUAAGCCUUAAAGAACAACUGGGUGAGACAGAUCGAGUGUUUAAACGCCUUUAUCAUUACCUCUCCAGUGCUGGGAUUGUGAAAGUCUUGUCCUUACCAUUACACGAGGUGCAACCGAUGGCAGAACCGCGCAAAAAUAAAAAAGGCCAAAUCAUCAAGAUCCGAUGUCUGAAUCUUCUCAAAGAAUACAAAAGGAGAGUUGAAGAGUUUGAGGAUGAGGAGGAUGAAGAUGGCAUAAAAUCUCCAAUUGCCCCAACGGACAUAAUCUAUGAAAAGGAUAUUUUAACACAAACCUAUGAGCUCAUUGAAAAUAGGGGAACAAAAGGCAUUUCCCAGUCUGAGAUCAGAAUCGCCAUGAACGUGGGGAAACUGGAAGCUCGGAUGUUAUGUCGUCUGUUAGAGCGCUUCCUGCUCAUAAAGGGUUUCAUGGAAGAUGAAGGUCGCCAACGCACAACUAAGUUUAUUUCUCAUGUGUUCGUGGAGGAAAGUGAACUACGGAGACAAUAUUUAGAGGAAAAAGCUAAAAGUGAGAAGCUGUGCACCUUAAGCUCAGUGAUCACAGAAAAUGCAGAACAGACUGAGUCUCUCGAUGAAAAUCCACCUGUGGCAGAGACCCAGAACUCCGACAUUGACAACGCAGAAGACUUAAAGGACUGUGAAACUGGAGGGAAGAGAAAUAGAGGCUCAUUUGUGAGGCAGAUUUCAUCUGGUAGCACCGCACCAAAGGCGACCCCGAGAGCCAGGAGCCGAAGACAUGCUGCUUCAUCUAAAGAUUCGGAGAAGGCCCCGACCGUAUCAGAAAAUGAGUGUAGCACUGACAGUUUCCAGCUAGAGGUCAAUCUCUCUGCAGAUGAAGACGAAGAUGAUGUUUCCGUAGUGGAACAAAUUGUGGAAAAGCAAAUGGAGAAAAAGAAGAAAAAAGGCUCAAAAUCUUCAUCAGUUGAGAAAAAUAAAGAAACUUACCGUCAAUUAAAGAGGAGGAACAUAAUUGUAGAGGCUGUAAAGAAUCUUCGAUUAAUCGAGAGUUUGUUCACCAUUCAGAAGAUGAUUAUAGAGCAAGAGAAGCAGGAGGGUGUCGCUACAAAAUGCUGCAGAAAGUCCAUCCUGAGAUUGGUUCAGAGACUGUCCCAGGAGGGGCUUCUCCGGCUGUACCGCACCACGGUGGUUCAGGACAGUGUUAGUAAAAAGGUGGACCUUGUUGUUCAUCCGUCCAUAAGUCCAAGUGAUCCACUGGUGAAAAGCACAAUUGAACAAAUCCGUUACCGUAUCUCCAACUCAAUAUCAGGAAACCGGCCACGAUCUUCCCAAGAGCCGCACAGCCCUAGCAAAUCAGACUCUGAUGACCACAGCAGGGACAAGUCUAAGGAAGAUCACCAUAGUGCCACCUCUAGCCAAAAGGACAGUCCAAACAAAUUGGUCAAAAAGACUGACCAGAAGAUGGGGGUCACUCCGCUGAGGAAUUAUCAUCCUGUGAUAGUUCCAGGGCUUGGUCGCACACUUGGAUAUCUUCCAAAAAUGCCUAAGCUGAAAGUGACCCACAUGUUCCUCUGGUAUAUUGUGUACGGCCAUCCCUUGCACAAAAACCCUCAGCAGUCAUUUCCCUGUGAGAACCCCUUGUCCAGCAGUAACACACAGGGGGCACACGAUGAUCAGACACCAGUGACUGCACAGAUGGCUUCUAAUGAUGAAAACCUGAUAAGCCAGAGUGUUAGUGCGGAUGGUAACUUCCUUAGUCAUGGAGAUGAACAGAUGAUGCAAACAGUGUAUGUGGAUGAGAAUUCAUGGCUGAGAUACGUCCCGCCUACUAAAGUGCACAUAGAGUACGGGCCUGGCUGGGCGCUUAUUAGUGACAUUUUACUGUGCAUGCCACUGUCAGUCUUCAUACAGAUCGUACAAGUCAGUUACAAGGUUGAUAAUAUUGAAGAUUUCUUGAACCACCCUGUGAAAAAGCACACGUUAAUAAGACACUUGCCCCGGCCAAUGCGCCAGCAGCUGCUGUAUAAACGGCGCUACAUCUUCUCUGUUUACAACAGUUUACAGAAGCUAAGCUGCAUGGGGCUGCUCCAGUUUGCUCCAAUCGAGAAGUUUCAGGAUAAAGACCUGUCAUUUUUGUAUGUGAAAAAAAGGACAACGGUUGUGGACACAACGGUGUGUGACCCGCAUUACAAUCGUGCAGUAGGAAGCCAUCCGUUUGAGAAGCGAUCACACAGUCUGGAAACCAUGCAAGACGUGGAGAAUUACUGGUUUAACUUACAAUUUGUCUGUCUGAAUACACCUUUGGGAGUUGUCCGUUGUACUCGUGGAAAAAAAGAAAUCUCUAUGGGAUCCGAUGAAAAUCUUGUAGAACAAGACAUAGAUGUAGAAGGAGAAGAUGCACCAAACUUGGUGCGGAAAUAUGGUUUCCUGGAGAGUGUUCUGGGCAGCAGAGAGGUAACUGAUGACGGCUCCGUCCCUGGGGAUGGCAUGGGAGCUGGCGGACUUGAUUCUAGUUUCUUCAGCCAUCUGAAGCGUAAUUGGAUUUGGAUAAGUUACAUUAUUAAACAUAGAGAGAAUUCUCAGUCGGACAAAGGACUCACACUAAGGCUUCAGACGUUCCUAAACAAACAUACGCUGCCCCUGUGUUCAGCAGGCAACCUUACCAGCUUUUUUGGAGAUCCUAGUUUGGCAGGAGCUUCAGAACUUGUUAAAAUUGUGAAAGAAUCUUCAGAGAAUCGUAACAAGCGAGUGAGUGGGGGCAAAAAUCAAAAGCGGAAAAGACCAAAAAGUGACACUGGGAAAAAGCAGAAAGCCAAGAAAAAAAAGAGUGAUACUGUUAAGCAGAAAAAGAUGAGAAGAUAUAAAUAUCAUGAUGAAGCAGAUCAGAGUGCGCUACAGAGGAUGACGCGUUUGCGAGUAGCCUGGACAGCGCAGGAGGAUGGGCUGCUUGUGCUUUGUCGUAUAGCCAGUAACAUUCUAAAUAAGAAGGUAAAAAGGCUUUUUGUCCCAUGGCAAGUUGUCCGGGAUAUUUUGCAUUCUAGCAUUGAGCAGUCAUUGGAUAAAACUUCUCACUCUGUUGGGAGAAGGGCGCGGUACAUCAUGAAGAACCCUCAGACCUACCUCAAUUACAAGGUUUGUCUGGCAGAGGUAUACCAGGACAAAGCUCUUGUUGAGGAGUUUAUGCGCCGUAAAGGGAAUUAUGAUGACCUUAAGGUCUGUGCGGAAGAAUUUAAAGACUUUGUGGAACGGCUGAAACAGAAGUUCAGUACAGCUCUCGGCCAUACACCAUAUGAGGUUCCAGAUACAGUGCAUGAGCUGUACCAAAGGUACCGGAUUUUAGCUGUCGCAGAUGAAACAAACCAGGAUGGAAGAACAGAAGCGUUUGACAGUGUUGAUGAGGUCCAUCUUCUGGUGCUACAAAAUCUUAUUCUGAGCACGUUGGCUCUUUCUGAUGUGCAGAUGAAAUCCUGUCGAUCUCUUCAGACAUUUCGCAUGUAUAGAGAAUAUAAAGAUGACAUCCUUGUCAAGGCUUUCCUGCAGUUUCAGAGGAACCGACUGGUUAAUCGUCGGAGAGUAAAUCAUCUGUUGGGUCCGAAAAAAAGCCGUGCACUGCCAUUUGUCCCAAUGUCCUACCAGCUAUCGCAAAUCUACUACAAGGUUUUUACCUGGCGCUUUCCGUCCACAAUCUGCAGCGAAUCCUUCCAUUUCCUAGAAACGCUUAAGGCUUGCGGAGACGCUGAUGAGCCUGACAUGUUCGGUUUUGGUGAUACUUCUAGAGACGCUGAUGAAGGCCGUGUGUUGUUCCCUCUGGAUGGACCAGGGGGCUGUUGUAUUACCAUUCUCUCCCUACUUUUUAUGGGAAUGAUUUCAGUUCAUGUGAGGAUCCCUGAGCAGAUAGUGGUGGUGGAUAGCCGCUUUGUGGACAGUGAAGUAAUGAAACGCCUUGGGAAGGAAAGUCUUGAGGAUGAAGAAUACGAUGACGGGGAUGAAGCUGUGAGCAAUAAAUAUAAACUGGAAGUGAAUGCCCGGCAAGCUUCCCACACCAACUACCUGCUGAUGAGAGGUUACUGCGUUCCUGGAAUCACCACCACCAGGAACCUGAGCCCAAGUGACAACAUUGUCGUAAACUCCUGCCAAGUGCAAGUAAAGUUACGGAAAACUGCGCAGCACAGCCAGCUGGGAGAUUCAGGCUCUAUGGAAUCCAUCGUUUCUGCCGUUCCUUGCCUGCCUCCUCGCAUGAGCAAAUUUCUAAACUAUAACGAGAGCCACAGUUUUGAAAAGUUCCUGAAUGACUGUGAGGAGAAUCUGGGUUACAGCACAAAGGAUCUUUCUUCUAUUAUAGAAAUUCAGGCUGCCAUCAGCGCUUGCACUUUUACUGGCAUGACAUUGUCUGACCUUGGGAGACGAUUCUACAGUUAUGAAGAUUUAGAGAUCGGGAGGACACGAUGUUUGCGUCAGUACAUACAGGAUUUGGUGACAAAUGACCAAGUGUUACAGGUGGGAGGACUUUCUAUUCGGCUUGUGGCAUUGGCUUAUGGAGAUCCUUGGCUCCUGCACUCCGGUCUUAUAAAAGAGCAAAGUACUCCAGAACAGGCAGUUGUCAGUAAAGACUGUAAUGACCCAGAGUCUGCGCCACAUGAUAUCCAAAAUCAGAAAGAAGACGACGAGCCUCCAAAAAAGAGACCUCAUUUAGAAAGCAGUGACACUGCAAGCCCAACUGAUCUGGGUAAUCCAGAGACGACAGACCACAGUAUUAUAGUGAAUGACUCACUCAAACUGAGACCAGACACUGGGGAAAGCACUAGUGAGACAGCUGCGUCUAUAGUUCCAACAAUGGGCGAUAGCAUUGCAGCAAAAGACACACUUCAGCCAAGAUCAGACACUGUUGAGCAGAACAAUGUAGACCAACCAGUUGUGUCUAUGAUUCAUACAAAAGACUCUACAACUGCAGAGAAUGAACCGCUUACAACUAAACUAGACACUGGUGAGCGUGAUCAUCUUGAGAAAUUAGAAUUAUCUAUGCUGCAAUUGAAAGACUCCAACAUUACAGAGAAUGAACCACUUACAUCAAAUCCACAUACCAGUGAGCAAGGUGAUAAAGAGAAAGCGUCUGUGAUUCCAACAAAAGACUCCACCAUUACAGUGAAUGACCCGCUUACACUGAGACCUGACAUUGUGAGCGGCUCUGGUAAGAGUGAAAACGCUAAUGCCUCCAGCAGCAGAUACACAAGUAAUCCUGGAUUUUAUGAUAAAUCCAGGCUUUGGCUUCAAUCUCAAGAGAAAUCUAUAGCGAAGUUGCACAAGAGCGGAACUGAUUGCUGCUUCUUGGGAAGACCAUGGCGGGUGGUUGAUGGCAGCUUAAACAAGCCAGUGUGUAAAGGGAUGCUGGAAGCUGUGGUGUAUCAUAUCAUGACCAAGCCUGGAAUACAAGAGGCCAGCUUAAUUCAACACUACAGUGGUAUACUCCACCCAUUCAUUGUCAUGGAGUUAUUGCAGGUGCUGCAGGAUGUUGGCUGCAUAAAAAAAUAUUACACUUCUAAAGUGCCAAAAGUUUCCUUAUUCUCUCCUACGGUGAUUCCACAAAUGGUGGAUAAUCCCAAGCUGUGCGAAGAAACAAAUGCGUAUUAUGAACCGACCAUCGAUUGCAUUAUGAGACUGGGAUCAAUUUUUCCUUCAGAAGUUAACUGGAAUAAAUGGGUUUUAUAGAAACAAAAAAACAAUUUUUAACCCAAAUGGAAGGUAUAGACGUUUUCUUUUACAAAGACAUGGGGAUUAAUUCCUUUAAAAAUUGUAAAUAGCUUUAUGUUAUGACUUUAUACCAUUAUGUUUUUUGUAAAUAAAAACUCUAUAUUUCUAUAAAUGA